CAAACCGGACCGCUAUGUUUAUUGCAGUAGUGGUUUAAAGUUUCACUAAAUGAGAUAUCUUACAAAAUUUAAUUGUUACCUCAAGACAAUGCGCGUACUUUUAAUGAAAUUGAUAUAAUGAUAGACUUUUAACGUCAAAAGGUGUCUGGAUAAAUAAACUGACAUUUAUACAAUGCAUCUAUAGUGGUUAAACUGUAUUCCAACGGAAGUUGUUAAGGCCAGGGACCAGAAGUAAUAAAGGGAUGGAAGGUGCAGACUGGGAGCCCAUCGUCCAUCGGGUGCUUGCCGGAAAUGUGCUACCGGAAGAGCUACCGGAAAUCCCUCAGAGGGUCGUUCGUGUGUUCCUCAGCUCCACGGGAGUUGACUCCCAGACGGAACGUAAUGCAUUGGUUGAACGUGUGUAUCCCCCGUUACGAGAAUAUUGCCGUCAGAAAUAUGGUGUCGACUUUCAGAUGGUUGACCUGGAGUGGGGAGUGCUGCCCAAGGACAACGUCGCGGACCCCUACCUCACUGACUUCAGGUUCCGGGAGCUGCACAAUUGUCAACAAAUGUCUGCCGGACCAAGCUUUGUGGCGUUCAUAGGCCAGAAAUACGGUGAGCGGCCGCUGCCGUCGGUUAUCCCUGCUGAAGAAUUUGAGACACUGAUGGUGACCCUCCGCGGUCACAGGAACCGGGACACGCGGUCGGCGACGCUCCUGGACGACUGGUACCAGAAGGACGAUAACUCUGUACCACCCGCGUAUCUCCUUACUAGGUUGACUGAGCGGCUGCCUGACUAUUUCAGUAGGGAGAAUGAGUGUCGGGAGGCGACCCAGCAGAAGUGGAUGGAGGAAAAGGAGGAGAUGAGGCGGCUUCUGCAGAAGGCGGCGGAACUCGCAUACCUCCAGGGUCUUAUAGACGGGGAAACCCAGCAAAAAUACACCGCCUCAACACAAGAUAUAUGCAUACAGCACUUGACAGAAGAAUCCGGUGAAUCGCAGAACCGAUGUGUUAUGUUUGCUCGAACCAUUGUUGACCUGAAAAACUACGUUGAAGAUAAGAAGGCGACCGAUUUUGCUGAAAUAUCCCUCAACGAGAAAACAGACUUGUUAGAACUUGAUGAAACUUGUGCAACAAAACUCUCCCAACUUAAAACACGUGUCAAAGGACUGCUGUCAAAUAGGAACUGUUUGGAUUAUGACGUUUUAUGGCGAUAUGAUGACGUCAUACACCCAAAACUGCACGCUCCAUAUUUGAACAAGCUGUGUACAGAGUUUCGUGAGACACUGACAAUGAUGAUCGACCAAACAGUUCCGAAAACGCGUUUCGACGUCGAACCGGACAUCUAUGAGGAGGUUCUGCAACACUGGCUUUGCUGUAAGCGGAAGGCUGUGAAUUUCUACGGUCAAGAGGAAAUCGUUAGCGGGGUAAAGAGAUACCUGGCUGCCCAGUCUAAGAAACCGCUCAUUGUGUACGGCGAGUCCGGCUCUGGAAAAUCCACUCUACUUGCUAAAACGGCAACUGAGGUUGUUAAAAACUCAUCUGGCCGUACAAUUUGCGCUAUCCGUUUCAUCGGCUACACUCCGAAGAGUUCAGACAUCAAGCAAGUACUGAUGACCCUCUGUCACCAGUUACUACACACCCUAGGCCGACCCUCCAAUGCCCCUUAUGAUUGUAAGGACCUACAGCGCUACUUUGCAGACCUGCUCAAUUCUUUCCCCAAAGAGCUCAAUGUUGUGAUAUUUUUGGAUGCUAUCGAGCAACUGAUUCCUGAAUACAACGCUCAUUAUUUGUCCUGGUUGCCCACAGAGUUGUCGCCGAAUAUUAAAAUCAUCAUUGCCACACAUCCAACCAAACAUGGUAUUCUGGACCGGCUACAAAGUGAGAUUAUCAAAGAUGUGAAUUACACACUGAGAGUGACACAGAUGUCACAAAUGGAUGCUGAUGGUCUAAUGCAAUACGCGCUCAGCCUUUAUGGUAGAAAAGUGACAACGCUGCAGCAUAGUGUGUUCAAAGCCAAGUUCGGGGACUGUUCAUUGGCUAUGUUUGUUCAGUUGUUGACUCAUAUGGCCAAGCAUAUUUCGUCGUUUGACAAGUUAGUUGUGGAUGAUGUACCGUCUAACAUUUCUGAAGCAAUAAACAAGUUUUACAAUGAACUGGAGAAGAUGCACGGAAAAGUGUUAGUUGGACGAUCAUUAAGCUAUUUGGUAGCUUCAGUAACUGGUUUAAGUGAUUGUGAAAUGGAAGAUCUUCUUUCAUUAGAUGAAGAUGUGCUGAAUUCUGUGUUCAUAUCGUACCAUCCACCGGUCCGACGAAUACCAUACGUGAAAUGGUUGAUGCUGAAAAAAGACAUCGACGUUUUCCUGACAUCACGAGAAGCGGACGGCGUAACGGUGUCGCUAUUGUGCCACGAACAGUUCGAAAACGUCAUCAAAGAGCGCUACCUGUCAGACGAAAAAGUAAAGAAAGAUGUCCACUCUAUGCUGGCAGAUUACUUUUUGGGAACGUGGUCAGGUAGGAAAAAGCCCGUCCAGGUGCCUGAGUGCAACGGAGUUCAGUUGCUUUUGCCCUGUGGAAAAGAGGCUGAUCGCUUGGUCGCUUCUCAGCCUCUGUCGUUUGAAACCCCUGGAAAUGGCGUCAGGUUCAACAAACGAAAAUACGACCAGGUUCCGAGACAUCUCUACCUCGCCGGAAGACUUGAGGAGCUCAACAGUCUGGUGCUGUUUAACUAUGAAUGGUUGUAUAACAAAAUCAAGGCUCUCUCGUUGACUCAUAUUAUGGCAGAUUUUGUUCUCAACCCUGGUGAAGAGGCAACUCUUGUAGAAGAAGCCUUGCGCGUAGCGGAAUCAACCAUUCAAUCCGACAUUAAUAACUUGGGGCCCGAAAUUUCUGGUCACCUGCUGCCAUACUUUAAGACCCAUCCAAACAUCCGAGCUCUAGUUCAACAAUGUGACAGAGCGGGCCUGAAACACUGUGCCCUUGUUCCAAACUUUCCUUACUUACAAGUACCCGGAAGUGCAUUGCAGCAUACGCUGGCGUCAGAUGUUUGCAGUGACUUUUACAUACUAAGUGGAGAGGAUAGAUUUUUAUUGCAAAAGGUCAAGGACAGCUCCCUUGUUCACAAGUUUGACGUUGCAACAGGCGAAGACAAGGGCAGUAUAUUUGCAUCAAACGGCGAUCUAUAUGUUACGCCAAACGGGAAGCUCUUUGUCAUCGUGGACCAUAUAACAGAAAAAGCCAUCAAGGUACAUAAUUCAGUCACGGGGGAAUUCGUCGGGCAGUUGAUAGUUAUGAAUCACAUCGAAUUGAAAGUGAAGGAAAAGUACAAAAUGUGUUGUGUAAGCCUCACAAACGAGCGAUUGAGCGUCAUUGUAACUACAGACGUCAGCUACUUAUGUAUCGCUGACCUCGCUGGUUGUGAGUUUCUGCAAAUCAUUGCACUCGACGGGAAAUGUGAAGUCAGCCGAAUUGCUCCAAAUGGGCGACACAUAUUCUGCAACUCGAAUGAGUUCAUGCUAUGCUACGAUAUGUACUCAUUGGAACACAUUUGUACGGUUCCAACGGGUCAUCGUCCAUCCACUCUUGCUUUCACAUCUGAUGGAUUCCGCGGAUACCUUGCCAACCCAUACGAAGCCAAGCUCUUGGUCAUGCAUAUUCACAAAGGAACGGUUGAAAUGGCUUACAAAAGCCCCCUGGAAGAAGAUUUUCCAGAUGACCAGAUUGUCGAUCUGAAGGUUUCACCAAAAGAUGAUAUGCUUCUUAUACGAGGAAACGAUACCAUACUCGUGUAUGACAGAUUCGCUGAGAAAGUAACGGUGAAAUUUACUCGCCCAGAUGAUGUGCCAAAAGAAUUCAAGUUGCCAAAAAGUUUUUACACAGAUUUGUAUUUCACCAAUGCUGACUUUUCUCGAGAUGGAAAAUUUGUUUUUGCCACGAUGUUUAGAAACCUAUACCUGUGGAAAGUCUCGACCGGCCAAAGAAUAACUACGAUUCAAGCACCAGUAGGCAUCAUCACGGAAAUGCUAAUUUCGCAGAACACUAGCCAAGUCAUUACCCACUUGAAAGGAUCCAAGGACGUGCAAGUGUGGAACGUCGAUGAUGCUGUUAAGCAAAUUAACAUGCUUGACAAGCUCACAAACGAGGUGAUAGAAGCCAAACUCACCGUGGAUAACUCAGUUGCGUUUGUGAGAUGCAAGGACAGCGAUGAGUUAGGGGUAAUUGACAUGCGAAAUGGCAUUUUGCUCGAUUUACUUACACACGAUGCACCCAUUCAAGAUUUUGCUUGUACUCCAGAUGGGCAAUACGUCCUGAUAUCGAGCAUUCCAAAGAAACGUAACGUCGCUGUCAAAAUAUGGGAUAUGGAUGAAAGAAAGGUUGUAAAGGAAUUCGGCAAUACAAAGGGGUACUGCUUAGGCGCAAAGAAUACACAGUCCAUCAUCUACGUUGCUCAAGAAGAGCUGAAUUUCAAAGCACCUUUCUACAUUACACGGUUCAGUUUCAUGUCAGAAGGGUUUAGAGAAAGUACACACCCACUUUCACUCAAGUACAUUUUGGACAAGCCAUUCUUGACCAGCGAUGAUCAGAACGUCGUCGUUCUGACCGCUCAGGAUUAUUUGGAAGUGGAGGCUGAUUUUGAUACUCCAACCAUUUGCGUCUUCUCUCUCGAAGACGAUUACAAGGUUUCAUACUAUACGCCAGAAAGUUUUUCUGAAGUUGUCAACAUCAACACCAUCAAGAAGGUCACCCCUUGCUCCAAUCAGGACAGCAAUUGCGUCAUGGUCAUGUACAGUACAAAUGCUGUGAGCAUAGAAUACAACGAAAAGCCCGCUGACCAAUGGCAAACUCAACUAGGUCUGUUGGUGCUCAAUAUUUUCACAGGCGCCAUCAUCACCAUAUGCGAACCGUUUAUGAAUCCAGGAACUCCUACCGAUUCCAUUGUGUUUUCAGACACAUCUGUUUGUAUAGAUUCUGACUACAACAUUUUUCACAUCGGAGAGGGUCGUUUUAUCAACAGCCUCCAGAGUCCCAGAGUGCCACCAACGGCUGUAGUCCUCCAAGGUGGUGCCGUUAUCUACUACAAGGACAGUCAUGUGUUCGUGGUCAGUCUUCGUACUGACCUACCAAUCGCAAGAUGCGAUGUCCAUUCUUCAAUUUCCAGUAUCACAGUCUGUUCAGAUGAGCGAACGCUCCUUGUUGGCUGCCAUGAUGGAACCGUUGUAUCGUAUGUAAUCAUUGACCAUGCUGUGGACGACGUCGACCAAAUCAUCCGUACAAUGGGCAGUCGCUGUAUUGAUGACGUCAGCAGAAAUGGCCUGCUAUCUGGUAGAACAUCCCGUACGUGGGACCGCGUGGAAGAUCAGAAGUGCCCGACAUAUUCUCGCCCUCCGUCCGCCCUUUUGACGGGUCCAAAAGAAAGGGUUUUACUCAAGCAAGUAGAACCCGCGCCAAAAUACCGCCCAAGCUCAGAAACGCUGAUAUAUUUGAAUGAACGAUCCAGGUCCUGCAAUGUACAAUGAGUGUUAAUUUCUGGCCAGACAUUUAAACUGGAAAUUAUGAUAAAGACCAGUUGAGAGUCGUCCUGGAACAAAAAAAGAACACAUUUUUAAAUAUUUUGAAAAAUACGUUCGAUUGUUGUUCUUACGAUAGAACUACCCGCAUUUGUUUAGCGUUUUCUUUUGCGGAAUUUUACAUUUAUUUUAUUGCAUUUAUUCUGAGUAAAAAGCUUUUAUUUUUCCAAUUUUAGAAAUAUAUGUAUAUAUGUUUUAUCUUUGAACUGAUUAGAUUCAUAGUUAUACCAGAGAACAUGUUUUUAUAUUUUUACAGAGCAAUAUAGUGUUUAUUUAUAGAUGCAUUUAUCUGUUCACUGUUUUAAAGUCUGUUUUAGGUCACAGACGUUUAUCGGUGAUAUAUUGUACCGGGAUUAUGCUUUUCUGUGAUAUUUUGUCCUUAAAUAAGAACUAUGUUUACGUUUUUGUUACCUUUAAUUCUGUAUAGCAUAAGAAUAUUAGAAUAAAUAGAUAUUACGAAAUAAAGUAUAUGGAUA